AUGACCAUUGACAAUCGUAAUCACGCAGGAAAGAAGCCCACGGCAAUUAAACCAAGGAUUGAUCACCAAUUGGUGGAACAAGAGCAUGGUUACGCUCGGGGGCCAUUGUCAAACAGCCACCAUCCUAACCAAGAUCUUGAUAUUAAUAACAAUGCAAGGGAACACCCCUACUCGAUGGAGAUACUCGUAAACAGCCAUCCUGACCCAGUUUUUGAUAUUAAUAACAUUUUAACGGAGCACUCCUACUCGAUGGGACCAUUUGUAAACAACCAUCCUGACCCAGUUCCUGAUAUUAAUAACAUUAUAACGGAGCACUCCUAUUCGAUGUACAAUGAACACCUGCAGAAGAAAAAAAAAGAAUUGGCCUUACGAAAGAAAACAGCACCCAAAUCUACCGAUGUGACAUCAAAUCCAACUCAGAAUCCAAAAACCGGAAAAACUUAUGCGACGACUUUAGUACCCCAACUGACCCAUCAACGCUCCAACAAGUACGAGAACCUCCUCCAGAAGCUGAACCACCACCAUGGCAUACACAGUUCCAAAAAUCUAUGA